AUGGAUAAAUUCAACAUUGAAAAAGAUAUUGCUGCGCAUAUCAAGAAGGAAUUUGACCAAAGAUACAGCCCAACUUGGCACUGUAUUGUUGGCCGAAACUUUGGCAGCUAUGUCACACAUGAGACCAAACACUUCAUUUACUUCUACAUGGGCCAGGUUGCCAUUCUUCUCUUCAAAUCCGGCUAA